AUGCGUACGACAUUUCUGUGCCUUGCAGCUCUUGCAGAGCUCGCUUUGACGGCCAUGGCCGACCCCAUGCGCAUUCCUUUAUACCGUCGCACUGACAGUGGUAUUGUUACUGCUGCUGGUGAGGCUCUUGACAAUGGUGUGCUUGCUGGCAAGGUGUAUAUUGGCAACCCUCCUCAGGAGUUCACUAUGGCCUUUGAUACCAACACGGGGUACUCUUGGGUGCGUGGCUCUCGCUGCAAAUCUGAAAAUUGCCUUGAUCGCUGCACGUACUAUGCGCGUCGCUCCGAUUCAGUUGUCUCCACCGGUGAAAAGUUCUCUGUUGAAUAUGGUGAUGCUUGUGUCGACACCCACGUCUAUCUUGAUACUGUUGAAUUCAAUGGCAUCAAGGUUGAGAACAUGCCUUUCGGUGGUGCCUAUCGCAUGAGUGGUUUCGAUGAUGGUUUCGAUGGCUACUUGGGUCUCGGCCGCAGCGUUGACUUUAACAAGACCAAGAUCUAUUCUUCUUCUUCUGGUCACUUGGCCAAGCGUGCUGAUUUGCCAUCCUCUGCUUUCGUUGCCAAUGCCUACCAAUCCGGUAGCGUCCAAAGUGCUCAAUUUGGCAUGGUUACCAAUAACAACAAUGGUUUCUCCCAAGAUGGUGCUUCCACUGGCAGUGGAUCUACUACUGAUAGUGGAUCAACUACUACCAACAAUGGCCAAACUGGCACUACUACUGGUACUGAUGGCCAACAACAACCUGGUACUACCACUGGUACUGAUGGUCAACAACAACCUGGUACUACCACUGGCAACGGCCAACAACAACCUGGCACCACUACCGAUGGCCAACAACAACCUGGUACUACUACUGGCAAUGGUCAACAACAGCCUGGCACCGCUACCGAUGGUCAACAACAACAACCUGGUACGACUGGUAACGGUCAACAACAACCCCAGCAACCUAGCAACGGUGGUGACAACGUUGACGAAGAUGGCGAAGACGGCAACGAUGAUGAAGAUGGCGCUAUCACCAACGGCGGCUUUGGUUUCACCAAGCGUAACAACAACAAGCAACCCGAUGGUUAUUUGAUCUUGGGUGGUGUUGACAAGAGCCUCUUGGAUGGUGAUAUGGAAUACAUUCCUCUUGCUGAUGUGCCUGAAGGUUCUCAAAAGAACUGGGAUGUGUGCAUCAAGGAUGCCAACUUUGAAUACAACCUCAACAUCAAGCAAAAGCCCAAUGCUAUCGCCUCUAUCAGCACAGCCAAUGGUUUCAUCACUAUGCCUUCUGAUCAAGCCGACAUUUUCCAAGAAGUCUUUGGUUUGAAAUUGUACCACUCCACCAACACCUAUGGCAUCAAGUGCUCUGAAGUUAAGAACUUGCCUACCUUGAAAUUGACCUUGGAGAACCAUAUUGUCGAGUUGCCACCCAAGUACUGGAUCCGUGAGAUUGAUGCUGAUCGCGACUGCUGUGCUACUCGUAUUCGUAAGGGUGACUCUGAUCGCGACUGGGUCCUUGGUACUCCCUUCACCAACGCUUUCUACACCUCCUUUGAUCCUGAUACUGAAUCUGUGGGUCUUGGUAUUAUCAAGGGUCACAAGGAUGAUGGUCUUCGCAUUUACCAAAAGACUAUCCACAAGAAGGAUGACUAA